UCCUUGUUAUCAUACUAUUUAAGCAGUAUCAUGAAUUUCAGUAGUUAGUAUACAGGUAUAUAUAUGCAUUUAUUACGCGUUUCGUACAUUUUAAAACAUGGAAUAUAAAGCCGGACUUCUACUGUUCAUCACCCUUCUGAUUGGCACCUUUGCCUUUCCAAUACUUGAAGACGACAUGUCCAUCUUCUUCGACCACACCGACGCUAGCGCUCGUAUCGUCGGUGGUACCCAUGCAGUGCCUGGCACCCUCACAUGGUGGCUCUGAUCUUCGGCGAGAUGGCAAAGUACUUCCUCUGUGGAGGUUCGUUGAUUACACAACGAUAAUAAUGAUAUAUUUCCGGAACCUAGAAAUGUUUAAAACUCUUCGUGUCACCGUUGGCUCAUAUCAAUGGAAAAGCGGUAUCGUGUAUGAUGUAGCUGGCAACGUGUCCCACCCUAGCUACGAUAAUAUAAAUGUCAAACAUGACAUCGGUAUUCUUAUCACCACUACGAAUGUGGCCCUCAAUGACCUGGUUCAGCUUGUUCCCAUCACCUAUGACUACAUUGGCGCAGGAGUCCAAGUUGUCUUUGCAGGAUGGGGUGUAACUUCCGAUGAUGGUACGGAGUCCCACGAAUUGAUGGAAAUGAGAACCAGCACUAUCGACGGUGCUGACUGCAUGAUACGCGUGGCCCGUGCUACCCUCGUGCUGCAGAUGCCGUACUAUGUCCCUCCCCUUGAUCCCCACGUUGAGGUCUGCACUCUCCAACCCACCGGAUUAGGUAUUUGCGGUGGUGACUCUGGCAGUGCUUUACGUCGUGCUUCCGAUGGCCACCAGUUCGGUAUCGCGUCCUGGUUGUUCCACUGCGCUCUCGGUGCUCCUGACAUGUACGUCAGGAUAAGCUCUUACCAGAACUGGUUGAGAUCCGUCAUAGUAUAGUUAACAGAAGCAGGGUUUAAAAAUCGAUGUUUAUGUGUCAUUCAUCAGGCAUAUUGUAAUGUAAUGUACACUUAUAAUACAAUAUUAAAUAGGUAUGUACUUCAUAAUUAAAUCUAUACAUAUAAGAAAGCUGUAGAUGUGUUGAUUAUGUAUAUUGAAAAUAAUAAAAAAAUAAAUAGUGGGGGUAUUUCUAAGUAGAUACCGAACCUAACUGUAUGUUCACGCAUCAUGCAAAAAUGAAACUUG